GUUGACCAUGCUCUUUGAUUUCAAUUUUUUUUUUUUUUUUCAUAAUCUUCCACCAUUAAAUAGAUUGAAGGUAACAAAAAACAAAAAAGUCAGUUGAUUCUAAUCUUUUAAUUGAUUUAGUUAUAUUCUUUUCCAAUUAACUUUGUAGGCAAAAAACUUUGUAGGCAAAAACACUUGCCUAAACUCUUCAUCAAAAUAAUAAAUAAAUAAAACCAUAAAAAAAGAAGAAGAAAUUUCAAAGGAGAUAAAAGAAAAUAAAUGAAAUAAAAGCCUGCCUCUAACAAAGGCAGAAGGCCAACAAUUAACAAACAAACAAUCAAAACCCUUUCUUCCCUAACUCUGCCUUUAUUUUUUUUUUCCUCUGUCUCAGCCUCUCUUCCUUUUUUAACGAAUUCCGAUGGAAGAUGACGAUGAGUUCGGAGAUCUGUACACGGACGUUCUCAGACCUUUCUCAUCAACCUCCACCACGACUACUUCGUCGUCAUCGGAUGCUCCGCAACCACACCAGCCUUCUCCUACACCCGCAUAUCUCCAUCGUCCGGUAGAUCUCAAUCUUCAAUCCCAAGACGAUGUUAACACCCUCUUCGGAGCUUCACGUUCAAUUUCCGCCACCCAAACCCUAGCACCCUUUAAAUCUCUUCCUCCUCCCCCUGCUGCUGCAGCACCGGAUUCGAUCCCUAGCGGCGAUUCAGCUCCCCAACCAAUGGUUCUGGAUUAUAAACAUGAGCAUGCGGAUGGCAAAGACGUUAAAUUUGAUAUUGAAGAUAGGGUUAGUGAUGGAGUCGAGGAUAUCGGCUCAGAGGACCCGAUAAUCCCUGGUUUAACCGAAUCGGUUGGCCAGGAAGAUUCUGGAAGGAACAACAAAGGAAGCGAUAACAGAAUUCGAGACGGUGAAGUGGAAGCCGAUGGAGAAGGGGGUGAUUGGGAUAGUGACAGUGAAGAUGAUCUACAGAUAGUGUUAAACGAUAACAACCACGGCCCCCUGGCUAUGGAAAGAGGUGGAAUGAUGGGGGAAGAUGAUGACGACGACGAUGAAGAUGGGGACCCGCUUGUGAUAGUGGCUGAUGGAGAUGCAAACCAAGGGAUGGAGGAGCAGGACUGGGGUGAAGAAGGAGGGCAGGCGGCGGAUGGGGAGAGGAAAGAAGGGGGAGAAGCAGGGAAGGUUGGUGGCGCUGGCGGCGGCGGAGGAAACGUGGUUGCACCAAAAAUUGGGUACAGCAAUCAUGGGUACCAUCCGUUUCAUUCUCAGUUUAAGUAUGUAAGACCUGGUGCAGCACCAAUGCCUGGAGCCACUGCAGGAGGUCCUGGAGGAGCCCCAGGUCAGGUUCGUCCAAUCAUGGGUGCUAUGGCUGGUCGUGGUAGAGGUGACUGGAGACCACCUGGAAUGAAAGCUGGUCCUCCCAUGCAAAAGGGUUUUGGAAUGCCUGGUUGGGGUAACAAUAUGGCAGGACGAGGUUUUGGUGGUGGGCUGGAAUUUACGCUUCCUUCUCACAAGACCAUAUUUGAUGUUGAUAUUGAUAGUUUUGAGGAAAAGCCAUGGAAAUAUCCUGGUGUUGAUCUUGCUGACUUCUUCAACUUUGGUCUAAGUGAGGAGGGCUGGAAAGAUUAUUGCAAACAACUGGAACAACACCGCUUGGAGACAACCAUGCAAAGCAAAAUUCGUGUUUAUGAAAGUGGGCGAACAGAGCAGGAUUAUGAUCCAGAUUUGCCUCCAGAAUUAGCAGCAGCAACUGGGCAAGAGGUUUCAGCUAAUGCUGCUAAUCUUGGAAAGUCAGAUGGUGGACAAAGGGACGUGACAAAAGGAACUGCUCGAGUGCGACCACCACUGCCAACUGGGAGAGCAAUACAGGUGGAGGGAGGUUAUGGGGAACGCCUCCCCUCCAUUGAUACACGGCCACCUCGUAUCCGUGAUUCAGAUGCAAUUAUUGAGAUUAUCUGUCAGGAUACUCUGGAUGAUGAUUCCUCCACAGGCAAUGGUGUUGAAGACAGAACAGAAAAUGAUCCGCCAAGGGAGGAUCUUAGAGGAGAUCUUGCAUCUGAAGCUGAUGUUGCAGAUGAAGAUACUGAAUAUUUUGAUGGUUUUCCAGAUGCUUAUAAUAGUAGAAAGAGGGAGCUAGGUGGAAGGAGGACUAUUAAUUCUGUUCACAUUAAUAUACCUGAAGACGACAGGACUUUGCCCUUCCCUGCAGGAGCAUCAUGUCCAUACGGCCCUGGAUCUAGGGGUCAGAGUCCUGUGCAUCCUAGUGGAAACAUUGGCAGCCCUUGUGAUGAGAGGCAUCAACAGGGAAGAGCACGUGAGAGAUCCCCUUGCAUGACACCUAUUCAAGGUAAACAGGAUAAGUUCAGUGAUGCCCAUGAAGAAGAAUCUGUUGAAAGCGUGGAUGGUAAAUCUCCUCUUCUAGUUAGAGAUGCGAGGGAGAUAAGUGUGGAGCAGAAGGAUGAUGUUGAUGAUGAACUUGAGCCAGCUGAUGGAAGCCCUAAGGAUGAGCUGAUAAAUGACACCCAUAAAGAUGAGAAUUCGCUUGAUCCCAUGAAAAAUGAAAAAUUAAGUUCUCAAGUAGAGCAAUGGAAGCUUCAAGAAUUUGACGAUGAUGAGGAUUCUAGGGCUGCAAGAAGUAGUGAAAACAGCAAAGCAAGAUCUGGCAGCAGCAGAGAUUAUCAGAAGUGGCGAGAUGGUGCCGAGGAGGAAGUUGUUCAAGGUGGACGUUCUUCUCACAUUAGGAUUGUCAAGAAGCAUCUUGAUGAUCAUGAUCAGAAUUUCCGGAGAAAAGAUCGUGAUGGGAGACCUGAGAUUGAAAGAAAUCGGAUGGUGGCUAAACCUGGAGAGUAUUCUUAUCCUCUUAGAGCCUUUGAUGCUAACUUGUCACAUAAUUUGCACAUUAAAGCAGAGGGGUUUGAUAGGCGAAGGGAGCGUGACAACCCUGAUGGUACUUGGCAACAGAGAGAAGAUGAUCUUUACGGCAGAAAAAGUAGAACUGAGGACUUAUGGAAGAGAGAGCGUGAUGAGGAAAUGGGUUCUAGGAACAGGGCUAAGGUUCGAGAAAGCGAGAGGAGUGACAAAGAUGAUUAUCCACCUUCUAGAAAACAGUUGGAUAAUGGCAGUUAUAAAGUUCAUUAUGAUAAGGAUGUCAGUGCAAGACAUAGGGAAAGAGAUGAUAAUUUGAAGAGUAGGUAUGAAGCAGCAGAAGAUUACCACAGCAAAAGAAAGAAAGAUGAGGAGUAUUCGAGGAGGGACUAUGCAGACAAAGAGGAGAUCUUGCGUGGACACAGAGAAUCCAGCAGCAGUCGCAGGAAGCGAGAAAGGGAUGAAAUUUUAGACCCGCGUAAGAGAGAUGAGCAACAAAGAAUUAGAGACAAGUUUGAUGAACAUCAUUCAGUACGGCACAAAGAUGAGGUCUGGUUGCACAAAGAGAGGGUUGAGAGGCAGCGGGAGAGGGAUGAAUGGCAUAGGCUAAAGCAAUCCCAUGAUGACAGUUUAUCAAAGCGGGAGAGAGAAGAAGGACGAGGUACUGUGAGGAGUGGCCGUGGUUCAGAAGACAAAGCAUGGGUUGCCCAUACCAGGGCAAAUGAUGAAUAUAAAGUUUCUGAAAAAGAAUACCAACUCAAAGAGACUGUAUGCCAUAGUGAACAGGUGAAGAGAAGGGAUCGGAAUGCUGAUGAAAGUUUCUCACGCCAUAGAGGGCGUGAAGAUUCUUAUGCACGCGGACACCAAUUUAGUAGUGAUGAGAGAAAAUCCAGGCAGGAAAGGUUAAGCACUCGGAGUGACCAUGCUGUCAAAGCUUCAGAUAGCCAAAGGGGGCAUGAGAAGAAACAUAAAGAAAACACUAGGAAGAAUAGAGAAUCUGAAGGUGGAGAUCCAAUCACUUUGGGCUCUACCAAGAGAAAACAAGAAGAUUUAACUGGUCACAACAAUGAAACGGGCUUGAAAAGUGAUGAGAAGAAGGAGAACCCAGUGCAUUAUAACUCUUCCAGAAAACUUAGAGAAGAUGCUUCUUCAGAUGACGAACAGCAAGACUCAAAACGAGGGCGCUCAAAAUUGGAGCGUUGGACAAGCCAUAAGGAGAGGGAUUACAGUAGCAACAGCAAGUCAUCAGAUUCCUCAAAGUUCAAGGAGAUUGAGAAGAUUAAUAAUGUGGGAUCUUCAGAAUCUAACAAAAUUCCAGAUGAACCUGGUAAGUCAGUUGAGCCUGUUGAGAACCAUCAUUCUUUGUGUGAUGAUAAAGGUGUUGGUGAGCCAGAGAUCAAAGAUGCUGAUACAAGACCAUUGGAGGAUCGGCACCUUGGCACUGUUGAGAAGCUGAAGAAGCGAAGUGAGAGGUUCAAACUUCCAAUGCCUAAGGAAAAAGAUGCCGUGGCAAUAAAGAAGAUGGAGAGCGAGACACUACCUUCAGCCAAGAAUGAAACUCCUGCAGAUUCAGAGAUUAAACAGGAGAGGCCAGCCCGAAAAAGAAGGUGGAUUAGCAACUAACAGUGGAAUAAGUAACCUACAUUUUUGCUGUGUUGCAAGGUGUACCUCCCCUGAUUCUUUAACCCCAAAGGUCUUGUCAUGCCAUAUAUUUUGAAAUGGCUACUCUAAAGGUUCCAGGGAUGGGUAUCUACUACAGUUUUAUUAGUAUCAAAGUACUAUUAUAUUGUAGCAAUGCUGCCAGCCAUGUACGUUUUUUUUCCAAUUUUCCAAUACUGUGUAUAUACUAGAGAAUGUAACAUUGAACUAGUCACAAAAUGGUGGCACAUAUUCCAUUUAGUGUCAAAUUGAGAUGUGUUGCUCAGAUCAUAUAGUCUGGGUGUGAUGACUGAUGAGGGUCACACACGAGAAAAGUAAAUUUGGUGACAGGGUCCUUUCUUCUGGCCUGUGUAGAAAGUUGACCGCAUCAGAGUUGAGGUGAGUAACUUGUUAUUGAUGAUUACAGCUUUCAAUUGUGAUUUGAAGAAAAAUUGGUGCUAACCAAUGAGCAGAUGAGAUACUUUGCAUUUGCAAUGGCUAGAGAAGAUACUUGGAGAAGGUGGCAUAUAUGAAUGGUUGGUACCAUUAUUUGUAUAUCUAGCUCGAUUAGACUUUUUCAAAUUUCUCCUUUCUUUUGUUUUCCUUACAUUUGUUUUCUGACAAUUGGUGCGGCAAAGCCUGAAGGCUGAAACACGGUGUGGAGAGCUCCUUUUGUACUUUGAGAAAUAAGUUUACAAAAAAAGUGAUAAAAAGGAAUAAUUUUCUGAGUGAUUUCCUCUCAAAUUGGCAGUGUUCGUUCUUCCUAUUCCAGUAUAAUCGAUUGACCAAAUUGCAAAAUGAAAAAAGAAAAUCUUGAUGAAAGCUAAAGAGAACGCAGGCUCAUGUCUGGUGGUUAUACACCCUUACCAAUUUGGGUUUAGAAAGCCAAGUCCAGUUGAAGUGUAGAAAGUUUCAGGCGCCGCAGCGAGAAGAGGGGAAGCGACCUGUCAAUUUUCUUGCAUCCCUCAAAGGUGACCUACUUUGUUACCUCAGCAGGGGAGGUCUUGAACAAAAUUGCAGUUCAACAAAGGGCCAGAGAGGCCAUGUAAAUGUCCAGUGGUAAAAGCACAUGCAACAAUUCUUCGAAGCCAGUAUAGAGGUGCUUCCAGGAUUUUCAAUUUUGUUUGAGCUUCUAUUACUCGUUCUUCUAUUCUUCAACAAUUCUUGUAAAUGGCAUUCAAUUUACAGGACAUCAACCUUCCAUUGGGGGUGAUUGUUCACCUUGUAAAUUAGUACUUGCAAAUUUUGUUUGUCAGCAUAAAUUUCAAAAUGUUCGUCUUCUCUCCAAAUUGUGUUGAAUGACCGAUUCUAACCAACAUGGUCCAGUGCUUUCCAGUUACAUACCGACUAAAAGAACUAUGUUUUUGGGUUUGGGUUCUUUCUUCACGGGCAACCAUCUGUUGCGGCCAUGGCGGAGGUGGUUUUUUCACUUUGACUUCCAUCAAAAGUCAAAACCAAACCUUAGCCUACUUCUUUCCAAAAAUGACUUGUUUUUCCAAGAAAAUACUUUCGAACCAAAAGGAGAUUCAGUACUGUACAAGGACCAAUCCUUAACCGAGACCUCUGAAGAAGAAAAUUCAAUGAGAAAAGGUAAAUAUUUUACAAAACAAAGUACAACUUUGAAUAACCAAUCACUACGCCAUUGAAUUAAGAUCUUUGUAAAAAAAAAAACUUUAUUUCACCCUCUUACCGAUGUAAAAUGACUAGAAUAUCACUCCUUUUUUGGUCUUUCACCUUCUCCCUUUAGGAGGGGUAUAAGGAUAAUUGUGGAAUAAAACGAAAAUAUAAGCAACAUAAAGCAUAUAUGUAGGUGAUCGAAGGCCUAGGGUUUUCUGAAAGGCUCAUUAGUUUAAGAAUGAGGCAUUGCUCUCAGGGGAGAUGGUAGCUCCUUCUCCUCUGAUUGAUAGCGAAGCCUAUGAUUUCACUCUCAACGUUUAUCUACGACAUCCCUUUGUCCCUUCUUACACUCAAGCUCUUGCACUCUGCGAAUUAUCCCCCAACACAGUCUCCAUAAUAAUCAUUGUCUUUUCUUCUGUUUCUGUUUUAUUGUUUCUCUUCUUCUUCUUCUUCUUCUCUCUCUCUCGAAAAGGAUGCAAUGGGGCUAUGAUGACUUCUUUUUUGCUUAUAAAAGUUCAGACUUUGAGGAAAAAAGGCCGUAGCUUGGCGGGGCAACUCUGGUUUGUUGCAGCCACCGACUUUGUUCCUUUACCUGUCUGACAAAAGGCGAAUCUGAGCCUC